GACAGUACACAGAACAUUUCUAGCCAUAGGCAGAAAGGACACAAGAGGAAAUAGGCAAAGAAAGCUCACGUAUCUUGAGUUGCCGUAUAGCAGGGCUUAAAAUCAUCUAACAUGGAGCGAUUAUUUCAGAGAAUGAAGAAAAUGAGCUUCCUCAGGAAAAGGAAAAGAGACGACAAUGAGGAGGACAACCAAGAUGACCCUCAUUCAAAGAGGAAUAAGAAGGACCAGGCCUUCCAGGACCCUCACGCUAUAGAGUCGUCAAGCAGAGAUAUUGAAAGAAACCAAAGCAGCAGCAUCAAUAACCCAGUACGAGGAAGUGUACCCGAAAGGAGUGUAAACCUGAACACUGCUGAACUUUACUCCAAUGUCCCCAAGUUCUCAAAUGAAGACUAUGCACUGUGCCAAGGCCAAGGUCUUUACUACAACAUUAACCAGAUCUUGAAGGAAGCGCAUUUCUAUAGCCUACAGCAGAGAGGCCAAUUACCGAUGUGAUGACCUGGGUGCUCCUCCUCCCUUCUUUAUAAAAAUCAAUGACAUUCCCA